CGGAGAUCGGCGCGAACGAGCCUGAUCAAGGGCAAUGAGCCUUGGCUUUAUGCAGGUUCAUUGUACAUUAUGCCCUCAGCACUCUCAUCACCAGUGGUCUAUCGCCUUGAGCACUUCAAACCGAAGCGCGAGUGGGUGCCUGACAAGCGCCGCUCGAGCUGCGCGGCGUGCAACAAGCAGUUUCUUCUCCGGCUGCGGCGAAAGCACCACUGCCGCCGCUGUGGCGACGUUGUCUGCCGCGCGUGCUCUCAGUUUGUGACAUCGGAGCUCCCGCUUGUCGGCCUUACGCCAGUGCGUGUCUGCCGGCCGUGUAUUAUCCGCGAUAUUACAUCCGACACGCUGGACGUCAAUCUCGAGCAACUUCUCGUCCACCAUGAUACGCUGUACCGAACGACAGAGCUCAUCCUCUUCAGCCCACUCGCAUGUUCCAAAGCCGAGGGCAGCUUUCGCGAGCGGCAUCACUCGACCUUUGUUGAAGAGGACGAAGAAGUCGAUGUCGAGGAAAGUCAACCUCGUCGACCCAAGUGGUCGCAGUUUAAAGCUUUGUUCAAGGCGCUGGUGCCAACGACCCCUCCUGCUUGUUGAUGUGUGUUUUCGUAGCUCGCUACGUAGUGAACUUGAAUGUAAACCAAUGUCUUCUCAACGCCU